CGAUGAAAUACGCUUCCUUCAAUAGGAUUACUGUAUAGGUAUAUCUAUAUGGAGGACCUAAGGGAACAGCGUCUCCCUGCUCCGCUCCCUCCCCAGCAUAUUUGACUACGCCAUCAUCAUCCGAGACUUGGGCAAUGACGAGUCCUAAAGAUACACUUCGUGCUUUGUUGGUCCUCAUCAAUUCAGCUGCCGAGGAUGCCAUUCAGCAGUACGAACUCGCCGGAUGCGACAUACCGUCCAUCGACGCACAGGUUGAACCUCAGUUGCCUCAAGAUACGACUGCCUUGAAGAAAGCCCUUCGAGUGUUUGAAGGCGCAUGUCGUCAGGUUUCUACCACGCUCACCCCUCCGGCUCUGACCAUUUUCACCCGCACUUUGGCCACAAACGACGUAGCCUGCCUUCGUGUGGUUGUUAACUCAAGAAUCGCUGAUGUCAUAACUACUCGUCCAGAAGGAAUGCACGUUGAUGAAAUAGCCGAGAAAGCUAACCUUCACUCCGGAAAACUGCUGAGGAUCAUGCGCUGCCUCGCAGCAACGCAUUGCUUUCGUGAAACGAAGCCCAACAUUUUCGUCAAUAAUCCCCUGUCUUUGACACUUCUAAAGGAAAAUACUGUCAGCUCGCUCAUUCAAAUGAGGUCAAAUGAGACCAACAAAUGCGCCGUGUCCAACUUCUACGACGCAUUGAUCGAUCCGGAAUACAGUCACUCGCUUGAUGCGCGAAGAUCGGCUUGGGCAUGGGGCAUCCGACAUGAGAUCCCCAACGGCACGAUGUUCGACUAUCUGCAUGCACAUCCAAACACAAACGCGCAAUUCCAACGUGCUAUGGGGGGCCUGUCCAAGAUCACCGGUCUCGAAGGCGUCAUCAACCAGUUUCCUUGGAAAGAUUUACCUGACGGCACGACCGUCUGUGACGUGGGGAGCGGUCUGGGAAUGGUGUCUAUCGAGCUGGCAAAGAAGUACCCCAACCUGCAUCUCACUCUGCAAGACCUUCCUAAUAUCAUAGAACAAGCGCAGCACCUCUGGCAGAACGAGUAUCCUACCGCUGCCAUUGAACAUCGCGUAGAUUUUACUCCAUUUGAUUUCUUCAAGGGACCACCGGUCAAGGAUCAGGAUAUCUACUAUGUGCGACAAAUCAUACAUGAUUGGCCAGUCGACGAUUGCGUCAAGAUAUUGAAGAAUAUACGUGCGGCCCUGAAACCCGGCAGCCGCGUCCUCAUUCAUGAAUACAUCGUUCCGUGUAACGUGGACCUUGAGCCUGAGUCAGGAAUGGAAAGAGCGCCCAAACCCUUGUUACCGAACUAUGGUUAUGGGAGCGCCAGGACGUAUCUCCAAGACGUCAACAUGCUUAUCUUGCUGAAUGGGGGUGAAAGGACCCUGAACGAGUUCAAGGACGUCGGAGCGCGAGCCGGACUGCGCUUCGUCCAAGUAUGGGACUUCCUGGAAACGGGCCUCGUUGAAUUUGAAGCUGAUAUGUGACCCGUCUCCCUCGGUGCCUUGACCUCGCCCCAGUCGAUGUGUACGAUUACUGCCGUGAUUGCUGUGUAUACAAGUGUAUACAUUGUACCCUGACCUGAAUGAUGAAAUGGGAGCUUCUAAACC